AUGAGCGACAACCCCCCACAAAAACAACCCCUCCGCAUCGGCGUAAUCCUCUUCCCAGGAUUCCAAGCCCUCGACGCCUUCGGCCCCCUCGACGUGAUAAACGUCCUCUCCCGCACCGAACCCAUAACUCUAUCCCUCCUCUCCUCAACCCUCACCCCAAUCUCAACCGCCUCCCCCGACAUCCCAAGCACAACGGGCCAAUCCAUCCUACCAACCCACACCUACGCCACAGCCCCACCCCUAGACGUCCUCCUCGUACCCGGCGGCCGCGGUUCCCGUGGCAGCAGUGGCCCCGUCACCGAAGCAAUCACAUUCAUCCGAACCGUCUACCCAAGCCUGAAAUACCUGAUUACCGUGUGUACGGGGUCAGGCCUUGUCGCGCGGGCGGGGGUGUUGGAUGGUCGACGUGCGACGACGAAUAAAAUGGCAUUUAGGGAGAUGAGGGAUCUGAGGCCGGCGGUGGAGUGGGUUGCGAGGGCGAGGUGGGUGGUUGAUGGGAAUGUUUGGACUUCGUCCGGGGUUAGUGCGGGGAUUGAUGUUACUUUGGCUUGGAUUGGGGAGGUUUGGGGGGAGGAGAAGGCGAGGGGUAUUGCGGAUUGGAUUGAAUAUAGUCGACAUGAGGAUAAGGAUGUGGAUCCUUUUGCGGAACUUUAUGGGCUCUGA